UGUCUGGCAGUAUAUCGGCUCAGAACAGAUGUGGCUGCCUCUUUCAUUUGCCUGAAGGUCGAUAGGUGUGUCUCAGGAGGCAGAUUCUGGGUGGAGCCCUGGUCUUGCCUUUGCUUAGCUGGGCGACACCUUCCCUGGCAGUCUCCUUGGAAUGUGAAUUCGGAUCCUGCUGGAGACCUCGCUCUCAGGCUCGGAGCUGGAACCCUGCACCUUCCCUUCCUCUGGGCCCUGCCUCCCACAGCCCGGAGCUCAAUAGAACUUUGCCAUUCGCUCCAGAGGGAACACAGUGGACGAUGAGGAGGAAAGAAUGAAUGUCAAGGGAAAAGUAGUCCUGACGAUGCUGGUGGUCUCAACUGUGGUUGUCGUGUUUUGGGAAUAUGUCAACAGCCCUGAAGGCUCCUUCUUGUGGAUAUGUCACACAAAAAUUCCAGAGGUUGGUGACAGCGGCCGGCAGAAGAACUGGUGGUUCCCAAGCUGGCUUAGCAACAGGUCCCACGGUUACCGAGAAGAGGAUGUAGGAAGAGGCAGAGAAAAGAAACAAAAUGGAGACAGCAUUGAGGAGCUUCGGCUGUGGGAUUGGUUUAAUCCAAAGAACCGCCCGGAGGUUUUGUCGGUGACUCCGUGGAAGGCGCCCAUAGUGUGGGAAGGCACUUACGACAGAGCCGUGCUGGAAAAGUAUUACGCCAGGCAGAGAAUCACCGUGGGGCUGACCGUUUUUGCUGUGGGAAAGUACAUUGAGCAUUACUUGGAAGAUUUUCUGGAGUCUGCUAACAGGCACUUCAUGGUUGGCCACAGGGUCAUAUUUUAUGUCAUGAUGGACGAUACCUCCAGAAUGCCUUUUAUACACCUGAGUCCUCUGCAUUCCUUACAAGUGUUUGAGAUCAAAUCUGAGAAGAGGUGGCAAGACAUCAGCAUGAUGCGCAUGAAGACCAUCGGGGAGCACAUCCUGGCCCACAUACAGCACGAAGUCGACUUCCUCUUCUGCAUGGACGUGGAUCAGGUCUUUCAAGACAACUUUGGUGUGGAGACUCUGGGUCAGUUGGUAGCUCAGCUCCAGGCCUGGUGGUACAAGGCCGACCAUGACGAGUUUACUUAUGAGAGGCGGGAGCUGUCGGCGGCGUACAUCCCAUUUGGACAGGGGGAUUUUUAUUACCAUGCAGCCAUUUUUGGAGGAACACCCAUUCGCAUUCUCAACCUCACCCGGGAGUGCUUUGAGGGAAUCCUCCAGGACAAGGAAAACAACAUAGAAGCCGAGUGGCAUGAUGAAAGCCACCUCAACAAAUACUUCCUUUUCAACAAACCCACUAAAGUCUUAUCCCCAGAGUACUGUUGGGACUAUCAGAUAGGCUUGCCUUCAGAAAUUAAAAAUGUCAAAAUAGCUUGGCAGACAAAGGAGUAUAAUUUGGUUAGAAGUAAUGUCUGAUUUCAAAUUGUGCUGGUAGAUUUCUAAAUUUGACAGAAUUAUUCUGGCUAAUUCCUCAAAAAAGUAGUAACAGUUAAUUUUUAACUUGAAAAUCAAAACCAAAACCCACCAACAUGGCAAGCACAUACUAUUUCUCCUUACAACUUUGAGCCUUGUAAUAUGUGAAAAAGAGUCUAUGGUAAGUAAUCAGA